CGGGCAGCUUCGCAACCUCCGCUACUCCCGGCCUUGGGGGCCCCGCGGAGUAUGUCGGAGGAGAGCGAUAUGGAGAAAGCCAUUAAGGGAAUGGGUUCCAGAGGCUCCGGCUCCUUCCCAUUGGUUCUUACAAAGUGUGCUGCUCUGGGUGGAGCAGGCUGGCGCUUCAGUUGAACCCAGGAAACCUCGAUUUUAGAAGAAUACAGUAUCAACUGGACUCAGAAACUGGGAGCUGGAAUUAGUGGUCCAGUUAGAGUCUGUGUGAAGAAAUCUACUCAAGAACGGUUUGCACUGAAAAUCCUUCUCGAUCGUCCAAAAGCUAGAAAUGAAGUACGUCUACACAUGAUGUGUGCCACACACCCAAAUAUAGUUCAGAUUAUUGAAGUGUUUGCUAACAGUGUACAGUUUCCUCAUGAAUCCAGCCCCAGGGCUCGACUCUUAAUUGUAAUGGAGAUGAUGGAAGGGGGAGAGCUAUUUCACAGAAUCAGCCAGCACCGGCACUUUACAGAGAAGCAAGCCAGCCAAGUAACAAAGCAGGCAAGUCAACCCCAGAUAGCUUUGGCUCUACAGCACUGUCACUUGUUAAACAUUGCACACAGAGACCUCAAGCCUGAAAAUCUGCUUUUCAAGGAUAACUCUUUGGAUGCUCCAGUUAAGUUGUGUGACUUUGGAUUUGCCAAAAUUGACCAAGGUGACUUGAUGACACCCCAGUUCACCCCUUACUAUGUAGCACCUCAGGUCCUGGAGGCACAGAGAAGGCAUCAAAAGGAGAAGUCUGGCAUCAUACCUACCUCGCCAACGCCCUAUACUUACAACAAGAGCUGUGACUUGUGGUCUCUAGGAGUGAUUAUCUAUGUGAUGCUGUGUGGAUACCCUCCUUUCUACUCCAAGCACCACAGCCGGACUAUCCCGAAGGACAUGCGGAGAAAGAUCAUGACAGGCAGUUUCGAGUUCCCAGAGGAAGAGUGGAGCCAGAUCUCAGAGAUGGCCAAAGAUGUUGUGAGGAAACUCCUAAAGGUCAAACCAGAGGAAAGACUAACCAUCGAGGGAGUGUUGGAUCACCCUUGGCUCAACUCAACUGAGGCUCUGGAUAAUGUGCUACCCUCUGCUCAACUGAUGAUGGAUAAGGCGGUGGUUGCAGGAAUCCAGCAGGCUCAUGCGGAGCAACUGGCCAACAUGAGAAUCCAGGACUUGAAAGUCAGCCUCAAACCCCUGCACUCCGUGAACAACCCCAUUCUGAGGAAGAGGAAGUUACUUGGCACCAAGCCAAAGGACGGUGUUUAUAUCCACGACCAUGAGAAUGGAGCCGAGGAUUCAAAUGUUGCCUUGGAAAAGCUUCGAGAUGUGAUUGCUCAGUGUAUUCUCCCCCAGGCUGGUAAAGGAGAGAAUGAAGAUGAGAAGCUGAAUGAAGUAAUGCAGGAGGCUUGGAAGUAUAACCGGGAAUGCAAACUCUUAAGAGAUACUCUGCAGAGCUUCAGCUGGAAUGGUCGUGGAUUCACAGAUAAAGUAGAUCGACUAAAACUGGCAGAAAUCGUAAAGCAAGUGAUCGAAGAGCAAACUACGUCCCAUGAAUCCCAAUAAUGAAACUUUGUUUUUUAACAAUUUGAAAAAUUAUUCUUUAAUGUAUAAAAUAAUUUUUAUGUAAAUUAAUAAAUCAUAAUUUCAUUUCCACAUUGCUUAAAGUUGCUAUAUAGUUUUAAAGUACAGGAUUAACUAAUAAUGUAGUCACUGUUCGUUUUUAAGAAAAGCUCAGUUCCUAGAGAUAUACUAUUACUUUAGGACUGUUUAGUCACUUAUUUGUAAAACAACAGAUGGUAUUGUCAAGCAGGAUUGCUUUAUUUGUAAUAAAGUAUACAAAACCACUUGCCAGAGGUAGGACCAACUAUACCGACCUUUCUGCUUAGUAAACAGUUGAAUGAAG